AUGGAUUACAACUCUAAUCUUCCGCUAAGCGGAGGAGGGAGUAUGCGGCGAAGCAUAAGCAGAAGCGUGAGCAGAGCCAGCAGAAACCUCGAAGACAUCUUCACCGCCGGCUCCAGACGCACACAGUCAGUCAACGACGACGAGGAAGCUCUCAAAUGGGCUGCCAUCGAGAAACUCCCGACCUACAACCGUCUCCGCACAACGCUCAUGACGGCGGUGGUCGAGGACGACGUCUACGGCAACCAGCUCCUCAGCAAAGAGGUCGACGUCACCAAGCUCGACGGAGAAGACCGACAGAAGUUCAUCGACAUGGUCUUCAAGGUGGCAGAGCAAGACAACGAGCGGAUCUUGACAAAGCUCAAGAACAGAAUAGACAGAGUCGGAAUCAAACUUCCGACCGUUGAGGUCAGGUACGAGCAUUUGACCAUCAAAGCCGAAGUUUACUCCGGGAACAGAAAUCUUCCGACGCUUCUUAACGUGGUGAGGAACAUGGGAGAGUCUGCUCUUGGCUUGAUUGGGAUUCAGUUUGCUAAGAAAGCUCAGCUCACUAUCCUUAAAGACAUCUCUGGAGUCCUCAAACCUUCCAGGAUGACUCUCUUGUUGGGUCCUCCUUCUUCCGGGAAGACCUCUCUUCUCUUGGCUCUCGCCGGAAAACUCGACGAAUCUCUUGAGGUCUCCGGUGAUAUCACUUACAAUGGUCACCGACUCGACGAGUUUGUUCCGAGGAAAACCUCUGCUUACAUAAGUCAGAAUGAUCUUCACGUCGGUAUCAUGACCGUUAAGGAGACUCUUGACUUCUCUGCUAGGUGCCAAGGUGUUGGUACACGUUACGAUCUGUUGAAUGAGCUUGCAAGGAGAGAAAAGGACGCUGGGAUAUUCCCUGAAGCUGAUGUUGAUCUGUUCAUGAAAGCCUCUGCUGCUCAAGGAGUCAAGAGCAGUCUCAUCACUGAUUACACUCUCAAAAUUUUGGGGCUUGACAUAUGCAAGGACACAAUAGUUGGAGAUGACAUGAUGAGAGGAAUCUCCGGAGGACAGAAGAAACGUGUCACAACCGGUGAGAUGAUUGUGGGACCGACUAAGACGCUCUUCAUGGACGAGAUCUCAACAGGUCUUGACAGCUCCACAACUUUCCAAAUCGUCAAGUGUCUUCAGCAGAUUGUUCACCUCACGGACGCCACUGUGCUAAUGUCUCUCCUCCAGCCUGCUCCUGAGACCUUUGAUCUGUUCGACGACAUCAUCUUGUUGUCGGAAGGUCAGAUCGUGUACCAAGGACCAAGGGACAACAUUCUCGAGUUCUUUGAGAGCUUUGGUUUCAAGUGUCCUGAGAGAAAAGGAACAGCUGAUUUCUUGCAAGAGGUCACUUCCAAGAAAGAUCAAGAACAAUACUGGGUGGACCAGAACAGGCCUUACCGCUACAUUCCGGUCUCAGAGUUUGCCACCAGAUACAAAGGCUUCCACGUCGGCAAACAGCUUUCCAACGAGCUCUCAGUACCGUUCGACAAGUCUCAAGGCCACAAGGCGGCUCUCGUGUUCGACAAGUACUCAGUCUCGAAGAGGGAGCUUCUCAGGAGCUGCUGGGACAAAGAAUGGCUGCUUAUGCAGAGAAACGCCUUCUUCUACGUCUUCAAGACAGUGCAGAUCAUCAUCAUCGCUGCGAUCGCGUCUACACUCUUCCUCAGAACCGAAAUGCACACACGGAACGAGGCUGAUGCAAGCCUCUACAUAGGAGCGUUGCUGUUUGCUAUGAUCGUCAACAUGUUUAACGGUUUUGCAGAGAUGGCUAUGAUGGUUUCAAGACUCCCUGUGUUCUACAAACAGAGGGAUCUCCUGUUUUACCCUUCAUGGACAUUCUCUCUUCCCACUUUCUUGCUUGGGAUACCGACCUCGAUCUUCGAGUCCACGGCCUGGAUGGUUGUGACUUACUACUCCAUCGGUUUUGCACCUGACGCUGGACGCUUCUUCAAGCAGUUUCUCUUGGUGUUCUUGAUUCAACAGAUGGCUGCUGCACUCUUUAGGCUGAUCGCUUCUGUUUGCAGAACCAUGAUGAUUGCUAAUACCGGUGGUGCUCUCACUCUGCUUCUCGUGUUCAUGCUCGGAGGAUUCCUUGUUCCAAGAGGUGAGAUUCCUGAUUGGUGGGGCUGGGCUUACUGGCUAUCUCCUCUCACCUAUGCUUUCAACGCUCUAACAGUCAAUGAAAUGUUUGCUCCUAGAUGGAUGAACAAACGGUCUUCAGACAACAGUACAAGUCUUGGAACCAUGGUGCUUAACUCUUGGGAUGUCUACCAUAAUAAAAACUGGUACUGGAUUGGAGUUGGAGCCUUGCUUGGUUUCGUAAUCCUCUUCAACCUUCUUUUCACCGUUGCACUUACCUAUCUCAACCCUCUUGGGAAGCAGUCAGGUGUACUUCCAGAAGAAGAAGAUGAAGACUCGGAUAAGAAGAAAGAUCCAAUGCGUAGAUCUCUGUCUACUGCAGAUGGAAACAAAAGAGAGGUCGCUAUGGGAAGAGUUGGUAGGAAUGCAGACUCUGCAGGUGAAGCAUCAAGCGGUGGAGUCGCUAAGAGAGGAAUGGUUCUUCCUUUCACUCCUUUGGCUAUGUCCUUUGACGAAGUCAAAUACUUUGUUGACAUGCCUGCGGAAAUGAGGGAGCAAGGAGUUACAGAAAACAGACUGCAACUUCUCAAAGGCGUGACCGGUGCGUUUAGACCAGGAGUUUUGACUGCGCUCAUGGGAGUGAGUGGUGCAGGGAAGACAACACUAAUGGACGUUUUGGCCGGAAGGAAAACAGGAGGAUACAUUGAAGGAGAUGUGAGAAUCUCAGGGUUCCCAAAAGUUCAAGAAACGUUUGCUAGAAUCUCAGGAUACUGUGAGCAGACUGAUAUUCACUCCCCACAAGUCACAAUCAGAGAAUCUCUCAUCUUCUCUGCUUUCCUUCGUCUCCCCAAAGAAGUCAGCAAAGAAGAGAAGAUGAUGUUUGUAGACCAAGUCAUGGAGUUGGUAGAGCUUGACAGUCUCAAGGACUCCAUCGUUGGUUUACCAGGCGUCACUGGUCUUUCCACAGAGCAGAGAAAGAGACUUACAAUCGCAGUGGAGCUUGUAGCUAACCCUUCCAUCAUCUUCAUGGACGAGCCAACCUCUGGUCUUGACGCAAGAGCAGCAGCUAUUGUGAUGAGAGCUGUUAGGAACACAGUGGACACAGGAAGAACAGUUGUCUGCACCAUCCAUCAGCCUAGCAUUGACAUCUUCGAAGCUUUUGACGAGCUGAUGCUGAUGAAGAGAGGAGGACAAGUGAUCUACGCUGGUCCCUUGGGCCGUAACUCUCACAAAGUCGUCGAGUACUUCGAAUCCUUCCCUGGAGUCCCCAAGAUCCCAGAAAAAUACAACCCUGCCACUUGGAUGCUUGAAGCCAGCUCACUCGCCGCUGAGUUAAAGCUCGGUGUUGACUUUGCCGAUCUAUACCAGUCAUCAGCUUUACACCAACGGAACAAAGCAUUGGUGAAAGAGCUGAGUGUACCUCCGGCAGGAGCGGUGGAUCUCUACUUUGCAACACAGUACUCGCAGAACAUAUGGGGACAGUUUAAGUCAUGCCUGUGGAAGCAGUGGUGGACGUACUGGAGAUCACCGGACUACAAUCUCGUCCGUUUCAUCUUCACGUUCAUAACAUCACUCCUGAUCGGUACCAUCUUCUGGCAAAUCGGAGGCAAGAGGGACAACUCAGGGGACUUGACGAUGGUCAUAGGAGCACUUUACGCUGCGGUUAUCUUCGUCGGAGUAAACAACUGCUCGACGGUGCAGCCGAUGGUUGCAGUGGAGAGAACCGUCUUCUACAGAGAGAGAGCAGCAGGAAUGUACUCAGCAAUGCCUUACGCCAUCUCACAGGUCACUUGUGAGCUUCCUUACGUUCUUGUUCAGACAACUUACUACUCCAUCAUCGUCUACGCGAUGGUCGGGUUCGAGUGGACAGCAGCGAAGUUCUUCUGGUUCUUGUUCGUCAGCUACUUCUCUUUCCUCUACUGGACUUACUACGGUAUGAUGACUGUCUCACUCACACCGAACCAGCAAGUUGCUUCCAUCUUUGCCUCGGCGUUCUACGGCAUCUUCAACCUCUUCUCCGGCUUCUUCAUCCCGAGACCAAAGAUUCCAAAGUGGUGGAUUUGGUACUACUGGAUCUGCCCUGUGGCUUGGACUGUGUAUGGGUUGAUAGUGUCGCAGUAUGGUGAUGUGGAGACGAAUAUCAACGUCCUUGGACGUGAUCCGACACUAUUGCCGAUCACCGUGAAGCAGUACAUUGAUGAGACUUAUGGGUUUCAGUCUGACUUUAUGGGACCGGUUGCUGCUGUUCUCGUUGGUUUCACUGUCUUCUUUGCCUUUAUCUUCGCCUUCUGCAUCAGAACUCUCAACUUCCAAACCAGAUGA